GUAAAGGGCAGAUAAAUAGUGGGCAGGAGCACGCUGAUAGACAGUGCUGGACAGUGAAUGAACAGAGGGCGUUUUGGCAGCUUAGUGUGAAACCGUCAAGCAUUAGAUUUCCAUUUUACUUCACAGAAAACGUGGGGCAAGUUCCGAGUUAGUAGCUAAACGUACAACACUCUGAAGCUGUCAACAACACAAGGAAAUGACAUGACAACGUUCAACGUAGUGGUGAAAUUCUAGUGAGCACCAAGCUUUUACGUUUCGUUGCCGUUGUGUUUGAGACCGGGAUCUAGUAUUCAAGACAAGACUCAGUCAGAGCAGAGCGACAGUGGCGUAGCUAGCUAUCAGCAGCCAACUGAAGUUUAACAUUGCACUUCUCCGAAGAACAAAGGAUUGUUUGGGGAUAAUUAUUCGACGCCAUAAGAUUAUCAAAUGCUUAAAAAAUGAACAUACUUGGAGUUUUAUAUUAGCUAGUUGCAUAUGAGUUUUAAAAGGUAGGAAAUGGACCAGAGGCUACACUUUGAAGCAGCAUCUUAGCAGCUUUAUGCAACCAAGUAACCCAAAACUCAACAUCAGUAGUUAAAUCAUCUGCUUCAACGUUUGCUAGAUGUAAAGGCAAGUUGGUAUUAAGGAGCUAUCCAGUGAGCUAGCUGUCAUGGAAGUAUUUCCCCGACCCAGCGGUGAAAUUCAGAGAAGAAACCCACAACAGGACUUCGAACUUAUUCAGCGAGUGGGAAGCGGCACAUAUGGAGACGUGUACAAGGCUCGAAACAUUCAAACAGGAGAGCUAGCUGCUGUGAAAAUCAUCAAGCUGGAGCCAGGGGACGACUUCUCCAUUAUACAGCAGGAAAUCUUCAUGGUGAAAGAAUGCAUGCACCAAAACAUCGUGGCCUACUUUGGAAGCUACCUCUGCCGGGAGAAGCUGUGGAUCUGCAUGGAGUACUGUGGAGGAGGGUCCCUCCAGGACAUCUACCACGUGACGGGCCCCCUUUCCGAGCAGCAGAUAGCCUACGUCUGCAGGGAAACUCUGCAGGGUCUUGGAUACCUGCACUCCAAGGGCAAGAUGCACCGCGACAUCAAGGGGGCCAACAUCUUGCUGUCAGACAACGGCGACGUGAAGCUCGCUGACUUUGGAGUCGCAGCCAAAAUCACCGCCACCAUCGCCAAGAGGAAGUCCUUUAUCGGGACACCUUAUUGGAUGGCACCGGAGGUGGCGGCCGUGGAGAAGAAUGGAGGCUACAACCAGCUGUGUGACAUCUGGGCGGUGGGCAUCACCUCCAUCGAGCUGGCCGAGCUGCAGCCCCCCAUGUUUGACCUCCACCCUAUGAGGGCCCUGUUUCUAAUGUCCAAGAGCAGCUUCCAGCCUCCCAGGCUAAAGGACCGAACCAAGUGGUCGACCGCUUUCCAAAACUUCGUCAAAGUGUCUCUGACCAAGAACCCGAAGAAAAGGCCCACGGCAGAGAAGCUCCUCUCGCAUGUCUACGUGGGCCAGACGGGUCUGACCAGGAGGCUGGCGGUGGAGCUUCUGGACAAGAUGAACAACCCCGACAACAGCCAGCACUUCAGUGAGGUGGACGACGACGACCUGGAGCCCCUGUCUGCAGUGAGACACACCAUCCGCUCCACCAACAAGCAGGCCCGGUCGGAGAGGACGCGGUCUGAGAUCAACUUCCACAGUCCCCCAGGCCAAGCAAGCCCGUGUCCCAGCCCUGGCCCCGCCCAGGACAAAGGGGACCCAGUCGACAAGGUCCAGUUUGAAGCUCCUCUGAGGAAGGAAACGGAGGCUCACUCUGAAAUGGACGUGACCAAGGACAGUGACUUCCCCUCCCCCUGGGGGCCCUUCGCCGAGGGAGGCAUCACUACCAGGAGCCUUCUCAAAAGCGUUGAGGAGGAGUUGUUUCAACGUGGUCACGUCACCCACCUGGAGGAUGCCUUCGAGGACAUAGAGCUGUCUACCCUCAAACAAGGAGUCCCUCCUCCCCUGCCCCCCAAGCCCCGGCUGAGCAGCUCGUCAGAGGAGGUGGGCCUCCACGAGGAGCGGAGCCUGACCGUGCGCAGGUUCCCCGCUGCGGAGGGCAGCCCGGGCCCACGGCGCCAGAGCAGCCCGGAGCAGGGCAACAAGGCGGAGCACGCCGCCCCCGACUUCCUGUCCGCCAGCGUCAGCAGCCCCGGGAGGCUGUCUCGCGCCUCUGACCCAGAGGACUCUGACAGCAGUGGUAAUGGAGACAGUCCCAAGCCCACCCCCAACCAUCCCCACCCCAGGGAGAAGAAGGACUACCCCAAACCUGCCAUCAACGGCCUGCCUCCCACCCCUAAAGUCCUGAUGGGGGCCUGCUUCUCCAAAGUGUUUGACGGCUGCCCGCUGAAAAUCAACUGCGCCACAUCAUGGAUUCACCCAGAUACCAAAGACCAGUAUCUGAUUUUCGGGACUGAAGAUGGCAUCUACACCCUGAACCUGAACGAGCUUCACGAAGCGACGAUGGAACAGCUUUUUCCAAGGAAGUGCACCUGGCUCUACAUCAUCAACAACAACCUGAUGUCACUGUCAGGGAAGACCUUCCAGCUCUACUCCCACAACCUCAUAGGCCUGUUUGAGCAGCUGAAGAAGCCUGGCCUGGCGGCCCAGUUCCAGACCCACCGCUUCCCAGACAAGAUCCUGCCCAGGAGAUUCGCCUUGACAACUAAGAUCCCAGACACAAAGGGCUGCCACAAGUGCUGCAUUGUGAGGAACCCGUACACAGGUCAUAAGUAUCUGUGUGGAGCGCUGCAGUCAGGCAUAGUGCUGCUGCAGUGGUACGAGCCCAUGCAGAGAUUCAUGCUGAUCAAGCACUUUGACUUCCCCCUGCCCAGCCCUCUGAAGGUGUUUGAGAUGCUGGUGGUUCCAGAGCAGGAGUACCCCAUGGUGUGCGUGGCCAUCAGCCAGGGCACAGAGCCAGGGCAGGUGGUGCGCUUCGAGACCAUCAACCUCAACUCCUGCUCGUCCUGGUUCACCGAGAUGGGCUCUCCGGGACAUCAGGUGGACGCCAUCCACGUCACCCAGCUGGAGAGAGACACCGUGCUGGUGUGUCUGGACAAAAAUUUGAAGAUUGUCAAUCUCCAGGGAAGACUGAAGUCCAAUAAGAAGCUGGCGUCGGAGCUUAGUUUCGACUUCUGCAUUGGAUCUGUUGUGUGUCUCCAGGACAGUGUGCUGGCCUUCUGGAAACACGGCAUGCAGGGAAAGAGCUUCAAGUCCAACGAGGUGACCCAGGAGAUCUCGGACCCCAGCCGAGUGUUCCGCCUGCUGGGAUCUGACAGGGUGGUUGUCCUGGAGAGCCGACCCACAGACAACCCCACAGCCCAGAGCAACCUGUACAUCCUGGCUGGCCACGAGAACAGCUACUAGCCCCGGCCCUGAGGAUGGAGGCCCCCAGCCACGUGGGUAGACCAGCCUGGGGGUGGGAGAUAUUACCAGACUGAGCUCAGCCCUGGCCCCAGUCAGCUGUCUCCCCGGCCAGGACAAGUGCAGGACUUGGCAGCCGUCAAGCUGCUUUGUCAUCCAACACAGGAAGCCCAGAGCUGGGGACCUGCAUCCACCAGUACAGCCUUACACCCGGGACACCUCCACGCCCAGCGAGGACCAGGGGCCACUGCCCAGCAGGGAGAGUCUGAGCUCAGGGACAGUCUGGCCCAGCUUGACCUCAGACCUGCAGACUCUGUUGGCUUCUAAAUGAUCAAUAUCUAGAGGUGAACAGGUGCCAUAAAAUUCACGUUUCUUAGCAACAACAAAAAAAACGAAUAUGGGAGAUUUAUAUAUUUUGAAAAGUCCUUCAUAACAAGAACUUACAGAUGGGACUUGA